UGUGUGUGUCAGUGACUAUAGUGUUAUCUAUAAAUGAUUUUAAAAGCGUUGAAAGAAAAAAGCAUCCGGUUUUUUUUCUUUUUUUAUCGUUUGAGUGAUGCCUUGCCUUUUUUUUUUUUUUUUGCUUUUUUUCUUUAUGUAGGAAGGACACCGGCCAAGGGCAAUAAAAAUCCAGUAAAACGGAAAAAAGGCCCACUGAGAUGCUGGUUCCCGAAAAGUGUCCAAAGCGAUAGUCAAAAAUUAAAGGAUAAGUGUCUUGAAACCUCCCUCUUGAAGGAACUCAAGUCAUAGGAAGGUGGAAAUACAGCAAGAUCAGCAAGAGCGUACACACACACACACACACACACACACACACACACACACACACACACACACACACACACACAGGUUAAGAGGGGACCUGAUAGAAGUCUUUAAUUGGUAUAAGGGUUAUAACAAGGGAGAUGUAAGCAAAAUUCUUAGGAUCAGCAACCAGGGUAGAACAAGAAAUAACGGGUUCAAGCUUGAAAAAUUUAAGUUUAGGAAGGAGAUUGGAAAAAAUUGGUUCUCAAAUAGAGUGGUAGAUGAGUGGAACGGACUCAGUAAUCAUGUAGUUAGUGCUAGGACACUAGAGAGCUUUAAGAGAAGAUUAGACAAGUUUAUGGAUGGGGAUAGCAGAUGGAAAUAGGUAGGUGUGUUUCAUACAGGGAUUGCCACGUGUAAGCCUGGUCGCUUCUUGCAGCUUCCCUUAUUUCUUAUGUUCUUAUGUUCACACACACACUCACACACACACACACACACACACACACACACACACACACACACACACGAGGGGUGAGAAAGAGAGAGAAAAAGAGAGAAGUAUAACAGAAAAGAAAGAAGGAAGGAGAAGAGAAAAGAAAGAACAAGUGUCAGAGAAAGAUAAAGUGAAGAAAAAAAAGCGAAAUGUAACAGAAAGCAAAAAAAAGGAAAAAAAAAAAAGAAGAGAAGAGAAAGAAUGUGUCAGUGUUUUGCCAACCAAUUCUCACCAUCAACAAUAAUAAAGUACCCUAAAGAUAUAAAUAAAUAAAAAGAAGAAAAAAAAAAAAAACACCCAGGAAAACCCGACUUAUCACAACACAGUAUCUCCGUGGCUUUUGAAAAUACUUAUGACGAGACAACACAAGGCUUUCAAAACACAGGCCGCUGGUAAACCCGUAAGACCUGGCCGCAUUACAGGGGAAGGCCGUGCUUGGCUUCCUGAUGUGUUCAAUGCGCCUCCCUUCCCUUCGGUUUACACAUUACCAGCAUCUGCUCACUGUGUCUCCCCCCGUGCAUUGAUGAUUCUUACUCUGUUCACGGUACCGCAUCAGAGAGAGAGAGAGAGAGAGAGAGAGAGAGAAAGGUGCUACUAACAGUUUUUGGUUACUUAGGAAUCUACUCUACUGGUACUUAUUAAUUUUAUCGAAGGUUGUGGGAGAGCGAGGGAAAAAUUGGGUAGAAUGAGGAGGAGUUAGUAGUGGUGAAUGAAGGAGAACAAGAAUAAGAACAAAGAACAAGAACAAGAAAAGAAUGAAAAAUAAGAAGACGAAGAAUAAGAACAAGAAUAAGAACAACACCAAGCACAACAAAACCAAGAAAACAAUAUAAAAUAAAAGAAAAGAAAAGAACAAGGAGAAAGGAGAGAAAGAAAGGAGAAAGACAUCAGGAAGUAGAAUGAAAACCUUACACAACAUUUCUUCACUUAAUCGGAGAACUUCAAAUGGCAAGGGCACUCCAAGAAACACACAAAGGAGUCCCCAGCAAGAAGAAAGCCAGGGGUCACGUCCCGGCUGCUGCAGUUUCCUCUUUUUGGCGGAUAUGGCACAUGCUGUAAGUGUCUCCGUCAAGGGAUUCCUGACCUGUACACACUGCCUCACCAACACUCCUAUGCUCCUUUCCUGAGCCCUACAAAAUAUUGCUUCCUGUUGCGUGUACGUAUCUUAUGCUCCCUCAUGAAGACCAUUUUCGAAGGCCACAAAAGAGAUUGGGUUAUCAUUCUUUUUUUUUUCUUUUAUGUAGGAGGGGCUUCGGCAAAGGGAAAAAGAAAAUAGGGAAAAAAAAAAAAAAGGCCCGCUGAGGUGCAAAUCAGUAGACUCAGAAAUGAAUGUAAAAAAUUAGAGGAUAUAUAAAAAAAAAAGUGUCUUGAAACCUCCCUCUUGCAGAACCCGAACUAGCAAAUCAGGGGACUUCAUAUUAGGAGAAACCACUGAGUAUUGACGAACAUAAGCACAUGAGAACACAAGAAAAUAAGGAAAGCUGCAAGAAGCCAUCUGGCCUACACGUGGCUGUCCCUGUAUGAAACAAAUCUAACUAUUUCCACCUCACCCUCCUCCAUACAGAAGGUUAUGGCUCCCAAGGCCGCCAUGUGUGGGCGCCUCGCGGCCAAGGAGGAAGCAGGAGUGCCAAGCAAGGAUGGCAAAGACACCCGCAUGUCCUUGCAUGGUUAUGGCUCCCCCGCGGCACCGCGCCUCUGGCCUGGACGUGUGCGUGCCCAGGCGUGCCCCGGCCCGGCCUGCGCGGUACUGGCUGUCUUGUUGUGCUCGUUGGUGCAGCUGGCGGGGGCGUCCCUCCCAGUGGCCGCCCCCUCCUUCCAUCCAGCACGUCCCACGACACGCCUCCCUGACGUCUCAGAAGUGUUCGCUCACCACGCCUUCACCAGGACGGCCUCAGGUUCAGGACACAUCCUUCCCGCCGAGGACGCCCCUGCCCGCGCCGCCCGGAGCAUCCCAGCGAUCCAGCAGGUGGAGAUCCACGGACCGCCGCUGCCCCACAGAAAGACACUGUUCGUGGAGGCGGUGGUGCUCGCAGACCACAGCCUCUACAGACACUACAAGUCUCACCAGGGUGCCAAGCAACGCAUCGCGCAGGUCCUGAGCGUCGCCAACCGGGUGCUGGGCGGCCUGGGCGUGGUGGUGGUGGCGGCGGAUCUGCGGGUCUGGAGCAGAGAUGAGAUAAGAGUCACUUCAAGACUCGACACGAACAUUGCCGGCCUUCAGGAGCACCGUUUGAGCCUCCUGCGACAGUUUCCCGGCCAGCCCAAUGACCACACGAUUCUCCUGACGAGGAAGAAGAUGCGAGGAGGAGGAGGUUCGUGCGGCGCCCCACUGCGAGGAAUGUGCAGGAGGCAGCAGUCUGUGAGCGUGGUGCAGGACGAGGGGGAAGGGCCGAGCGUGACAGGCGUGGCUCUGGCACACCAGCUGGGCCACAGCCUGGGCAUGGAGGAUGACUCGGAGGACCCUGACAACGCCUGCCGCUGCGACGCCCCCACCUGCGUCAUGAGCCGUCAAUUCAGAAAUGGCUCCAGCCCAGGCCUGGCAUGGAGUGCCUGCAGCAGGCAGUCCUUCGACUCUGCCCUGGAGACACUGGCUCUGAGCUGCCUGAGCAACGCCCCCACGAGAAUGCACCGAACCUCUAGCUGCGGCGACGGAGUAGUGGAUGACGGUGAGCAGUGUGACUGCGGCCCCGCGGAGUUCUGCGACAACCCUUGCUGCGUCGCCGACACCUGCAGACUGAUGCCCCACGCCUCCUGCGCCUCAGGCUCGUGUUGUGAUCUUCAGACGUGCACGCCCAAGGCUCCGGGAACGGUGUGCCGCGCCGCCGUCACGGAGUGUGACCUGCCCGAGUUCUGCUCCGGCCACUCCGAAUACUGCCCCAGGGACGUCACCAGGCCAGACGGGGAGGCCUGCAACGAGGGCCACUGCUUCAGAGGGGAGUGUGGUAGCCGCGAGGGACAGUGUAAGCGUGUGUGGGGUGACUCGGCCUCCGCGGCGCCCUCUGAAUGCUACUCUGCAUUGAACGUGAGAGGCAGCUCCGGCGGGAACUGUGGCCUCAGGACGGGUGGUUUCCGUCGCUGCCACGAAGAGGAGUCUCUUUGCGGAACGCUGCACUGUGUCACCUCUGCCUCGUCCUCGCGCCUUCUCGAGGACCACCGCAACGGGUCUGCACGCGCGGGGCCUCACACGUGUCACUUCAUCUCAGGCUCUGAAGACUACCCCGCCCAACACUGGCUGACUCCCGAUGGCGCUUCCUGUGGCCCCGGAAAGAUGUGCCUGGAGCAGCGGUGCCAGAAGGUGCCGAGGAUCAGCGAGGAGUGCCUCGGCGGGUGUUCUGGUCACGGGGUGUGUAACAGCCUCGGCCACUGUCACUGCGACGCAGGAUUUGCGCCUCCCAGCUGUUCCCUGCCAGGCCUGGGAGGCUCCGUGGACAGCAACGUGAUGUCUGAUGUCUCUGACCCCUGGGUGCUGAUAACGCUGGCCUGGGUGACGGUGGUGCUGCUGCUCUGCCUGGGGGCGGUGAUGUGCUGCAUGUGGGGAUGGUGGAAGGGUUGGUACAAAAGCAAAGGACGCGACAAGAUAUCCGGAGCCGUGCCCUGCUGCGCUGCCUGCCUGGACGCCUGCUGCUGCCCCGUCACGACCAAGGCAGUCCGGUGGAUGCUGACCGUGGGAUCCUCCCCCGAAAAGAAACAAGCAAACACAAACAUUGAAGUAGACGAAGUCGAGAAAGAACACAUGCUGUGCAGCGUGGGCGUGGAAGUCAAGGGCUCCUCGCAGGCCAACUCCUGGGGCGUGGCCAACGACACGCUGGUGACAGAGGUGGUCACCAUCGAGCCCAAGGACUCGCCUGACUUCCGCAGGGAAGUGAAGCUGCCCCCAGACUCCCCCCUCCUGCACCACAAGUCUGCAGACAACCUUCACCGCCCCACCUACCAGCAGUCCAUCUCCAUGGACUCCGGCUGUGUCUCGGACUCCGACGAAGACGCCUCCGGCAAGAGGGCCUCCCUGCAGCUGUCCAUGAACAGCCUGCUCAGCGUGCUCCUCAAGUUCGGGGACAAGAAGCCCAAGGCGACGACGCCAGACAGCGAUAGUGUCCCCACGAAGAGCUUCGGUAGCCAAAAAUCCAUCCCGCUGAGUCGCUUCGUGGUGGACCCGCUGGCGCGCGGCUCCCGCCAGGGCACGCCGUCCCCCCACUCCGCCAGGCCCAUCUACAACAGAUCCUUCUCUACUGAUGUCGUUUCAAGUAGGAGAAAUAGGAAGGGAGGAACCCCCCCACCGCCUCCAUCUUCUGCUCUGAAGCCAAAUAAAAGUGAAGAAAAUUUGUCCAAGGCCUCAGAGGCGGCAAGAUGUGGCGGGUUCCCAGACGCACCACACAGCCCGCCUGCUGACGCCAAGACUCCAGUACCCGCGUCACCAGAUAGGCAAGGCACCAUGGACAUCGCGGCCACCGCCUCCAAGACGCCAGCAAGGCCAAUCAUAAAUAAGCCUUUGCCGUCACCGCCAAAGGUCCCUCCACUGAAACUUGACUUUGCUCCUCAGACACCACGCCAACACAACCGUGGGGAAAGGCUCCACGGAAAGCCCAGUCCUCCCCUCGGGGCGUCGCGGCCAAGCCCUCCCAUGACUCCGUCACGGUCUCUGAGCUCCUCGCCGGGCAGCACAGCCUCUAAUAAAGUCAUGGAAAUGGCAAGGAAAUUUGAAGCAGCCUGAGGUGGAGCCCUGAGGAGCGCACUGUGGCUCCCUGUCCCUCCACCCCGCGCCUGGAGGCCAGACCAUGUACUGCUGCGUUAUUUGUCGUAAAGGGAACAACGGCGCGCCAUUGGUGUACAUCAGCUGCUGACUAAGUGCGCGCGAUUGCCGCUGACGCUGCUGAGUGAGGCGCUGCAGCAACGUGGUUACUCGGCAAUGAGUUAUUCUUCACACUCACGGGGAGAGUGGCGGGUGGUGCAGGCCGCGCCGAGGGUAGGAGGGCAAGUGGCAGGAAGAGGGGAACCUGGGGCGCCAACCCAGAUCUGGACAAGACAAGCAAGACUUUCUAUCUAUCCCGCGUCACCAGUGUGGCUGUGAGCGUUCCGGUACUUGUGUUAUUUUAGCCUCAGUUAAUCCAUAUCGUCGUUUUAUUCCAUAUUUAUGUCAAACUUGUGAUAAUAAACUUAACUAUCAGUA